AAUUGACAACUUCCGCUUCGUGUCGGCACGCGACAGUGAGUUUGUGCAAGUGGAAUACGAUGUAAAUUUGGCAAUGGCAACUUGUGGAUAAGUACCUAUUAGUGUAUCUCUUAGGAAAGUUUAUGUAUAUCUACAGUUGUGAUGCAGUAUAAACCAUUUUUAGCGGCGUUCGUGGCCGUGCUGGUGAUGUAUCUCGUCGAUACCAUCAGCCCCCAAGAUGACAGAGAAACAAAACAGCGAGAUGAAGAAUCCCGUAGGGUGAGAAGAGACAUCACCCCACCACCGCCCGCACCCUACACCACCCCACUAGUUACAGUGGCUGAUGUGAACACUACUUCAAACGGCACCAAUGGAACUGCAUCUAAUCUCACAACGACAACUACAACUACAACGACGACUACGGAGGCGGAGGCGGAGCUGCCACAGAAAGGAGCUGCGGAGGAGGAACACAGCAGCAGUCUCACCAUCUUCUUUGUGCUGCUCAUCGUCGCCAUCAGUAUCCUGCUGACACACAUGCUGAUCCAGACCAAGUUCUACUACCUGCCUGAAAGCAUCGCCAUUGUCCUUGUUGGUGCCUUGAUUGGUCUAAUCCUUAAACUUUUCCAUUUUGGUAAUUGGAAGAAUGAGGAGGCCUUCCGACCAAACAUCUUCUUCAUUGUACUUCUGCCACCUAUCAUCUUUGAGUCUGGCUACAAUUUACACAAGGGUAACUUCUUUCAGAAUAUCGGUUCCAUCCUGGUGUUUGCUGUGUUCGGGACAGCGAUAUCUGCUGUCAUUGUCGGCGGGGGGAUCUACCUGUUGGGACAGGCAGACGUGGCUUAUAAACUGGACAUUGUUGAGAGUUUUGCGUUCGGGUCGCUGAUCUCGGCCGUCGACCCGGUGGCGACCCUGGCUAUCUUCCAUGCACUGGAUGUGGACCCGAUUCUGUACAUGUUGGUGUUUGGCGAGAGCGUGCUCAACGAUGCCGUCUCCAUCGUGCUCACAACCACCAUCUUAGAGUUCUCUGCCCCUGGCAUGGUGAUCACCAGCGGCGCAGCUGCCUUCUUCCAGGCCGUCGGCAGAUUCUGUCUCAUGUUCUUCGCAUCGUCUGCCAUUGGGGCGGCAUGUGGUCUCGUCAGUGCCAUGUUACUCAAGUUUGUUGAUCUACACAAGACACCAUCCCUGGAGUUUGGGAUGAUGUUUAUUUUUUCCUAUUUGCCGUACGGGUUGGCCGAGGGCAUACAUCUAUCAGGUAUCAUGGCCAUCUUGUUCUGUGGGAUCGUCAUGUCACACUACACCCACAACAACCUGUCAGCCGUCACUCAGAUCACCGUGCAGCAGACCUUCCGCACCAUCGCCUUUAUAGCAGAGACGUGUGUCUUUGCAUAUCUUGGGUUAGCCAUUUUCAGUUUUAAAGUCAAUGUGAAGCCAGCCUUUGUGAUAUGGAGUAUAGUGUUGAUAUUGGUUGGAAGAGCUUUCAAUAUUUUUCCGCUGUCUUUCCUCGUUAACUUCUUCCGUGAGCACAAGAUCACACGCGGGAUGCAGUUCAUCAUGUGGUUCAGUGGUCUGCGGGGUGCCAUUGCCUUUGCCCUCAGCAUCCAUCUUGAGUUCGAGGAUGAGAAGCGCUACGUCCUUGUGACCACGACCCUGAUCAUUGUGUUGUUUACAAUCAUGUUCCUAGGGGGCGCCACCAUGCCGUUGAUGAAGCUACUGAAGGCAGAAAAGAGAGUGAAAAAGAAGCGUUCAAAUAGAGAAGUGUCCCUGAGCAAGACGAAGGAGAUGGGCGACACGGUGGACUCUGAGCACCUGUCAGAGCUGACAGAGGAGGAGUAUGAAAUCAACUAUGUCAAGCCACAUCUGAAAGGCUUCAUGAAACUGGACGUGAAGUAUCUCAUUCCAUUCUUUACAAGACGAUUCACGAAACAGGAGGUCCGGGAAGGACAGAACCGGAUGAAGACGCUGACCAAUCAGUGGUACCAGGAUGUCCGGGCAGCACCAUCCGACUCCGAGUCCGAGGAAGAGGAGGAUGUGGAACAAACCAAACUAAUGACCAACUGACCUCGGAAACUUGGGACCAGUUUGUCAUUGGACCACGAGAAUAGUAUUUUCAGUGAAACUGACUGAUGGAAAUGUCCUGUUGUGUUGUGGGACUACAUAGAGCGGGGAUCCUGGAGGAGUUCCCCGGGGGUAGACUGGUAGAGGGAGCAAUGGCUGCUUCAGUAUGGAACAUCAUAUCAAGGGUUUCUCUUUGCCUUACAAUGCAUUUCACAUGUGAUAAACACUGGGUCAUAUUGACUUGUGUAUUUCUAAUUCAUUUGGAUGUGUACUUUGUGAUUCUAUUGCUCCUCAUGUUUAUUCAAUAUUGUGAUAUACGACAUAUCAUGAUGUGCACUGUACGUGUUCCAUAUCUUCCCUCCACUCGCUGGUCAGGCAACAAGCUGAGUUUGUACCAUGCUUGUAUGGAUGUGCCCACCAAGACAUCCACAUCUAUCCACAUCAUUGGGGCAGAAAAGGAGUCAAGUAACCAUUCUAUUUACUGGCUGUGACUGUAAGAUGUAAUUCAAGCUUGACAAGACCUGUAAUUGAGACAUUUAACAUGAAACAGCCUUGAACACAUUGUACAUGCAAGUUCUGGUCAGUAAUUGUGUGAUCUGUUGAGGGAUGGGGCAACUGCAUAAUGUAUUGAUCUUAUAUUAGAAUUAAGACUAUGGGUUCGAAUCCCUGUUUGCCCCGAUUGUUUCUAGGUUUGUCUGCACCAUACCCGUGCUUGUGGGUUUCACCGAAGUGGUAAAAGUCUGAGACCUGCAUCACUUCGGGCUUUCCUCCCACAUUAAAAGCGUUGAAUGCGCUAAACCCAAUUCACUUACUCUGCAUGAAUGUGCAUAUAUAUAUAUAUAUAUAUAUAUCUAUUUGUUGUGUUUCUCUUGUUUUCUGAGGGUCAUUGUUAAGUUAACCAGGCCCAGUGGUGGGUACAUAACAACGCAACGCACAUAUUUGAUUUCCUUUAAUGACCUGUACACUGCUUCAUUCCAGCUGUUCAUGUGAUACAUGACGACAUAAUCAGCAGCAUCGUCAUCAUCAUCAUCAUCAUCAUUUUGUACAAAUGUUCAUCAGUCAUCAUCACCUACUAUUUGUCCAUGUCUGUGUGAGAUGUGUUCUGUGUCACACAAUGUCCCCAUCAUGAUGGUAUGUAUUAAAGUUUUUGCAUUUAGGUAAAUGCAGGAAAGUGUU